ACAAUUUCACAAUUGUCUGUGGGUUGGAUUUUUAAUUAAGUGUCCGUAAAACUAAAUCAAUAUGGAAAUUUCAGAGACUAUAAAGUUUCGGGAUAUUUGUCUAAUAUUAAAUCGCAUUGCUAAAACGGACAAUAAAGAUAAGAAGGGUAGAAUUGUUAAACAAUACUAUGAAUCGUUUUGUAAACAUCGUGAGAGAUUUAGGGAGGAACAAAAAAUGAAACCGGAUGAGCCUGAGACUGGACGCAGUAGCUUUUAUUGCAUUUUGCGUUGCCUCAUACCAAAUGCUGAUAUGGCGCGAUCACCCUAUGGCCUUAAAAUACACACACUUGGAAGAGUCUAUAUAAAAGUUUUGCAAUUGGGUUCCGAAUCCAAAGAGGCUGAAAUAUUGGAAGCUCGUAGAUUUUCCGGCAUUCAUGGCGAUUAUGCAGACAAAGUUUUUCGUAUACUUAAGCCUAGAUGUAGCAAUGAAUCAAGUAAAUUGACUCUGAAGGAAGUGCAUGAUAUGCUAGAUACUGUAGCCAAUGAGAAUAUUUUAAAUACUGAAAAAGUUCUAAUUCACCUUUUCCAAGUGGCCUCGGCAGAGGAACAAAUGUGGUUUGUACGUCUACUAUUGAAAUCCAUGCACUUGGGCAUUGCAGAUCAACGUAUAUUUGCUAUUUUACAUCCCCAAGCAAAGGACGUUUAUCAAGCCUGCAGUAAUCUUGCAAAGCUAUGUUGCUGUCUGGCAGACAACAAGUUUGGCACAACUAAUGGAGAGUCGGGAGAUGGACCAGCGCAGUUGGUAGCUGCCAUAAUACCCUUCGAACAUAUACGACCACAAUUGUGUGAGAUUUUCCCCGGGAACAUUACAUCUCUGAUGGCUUCCGAUGUUUUGUAUAUGGAAACUAAAAUGGAUGGUGAACGCUUUCAAUUGCAUUAUAAGGAUAAUGUCUUUAAGUAUAUAUCGCGUAAUGGUGUAGAUUAUACGGAAAGUUUUGGCUCCUCGUAUGAACAAGAAAAUAAAUUGACCAGCAAAUUACAACAUCUAUUGCCCAUUGGCAUGGAAACCAUUAUUUUGGAUGGCGAAAUGAUGGUCUGGGAUGGGGAUGAGAAGAAAUUUCGUGAAAAAACUGAGAAUACCGAUGUCAAGCAUUUAAAAGCCGACCGUAAUUGGCAGCCCUGUUUUGUGGUCUAUGAUCUGCUGUAUUGGAAUGGUCAAAGUCUUUUGGGUAUACCCUAUAUACAGAGAAUGCAUAAAUUGCGAAAUCUAUUGCGUGAGGAGGAGGGAGUGCUGCAAAUAAUGAAAAGUGAAAAGAUUUCAAAUCCGGAGGAUUUUAGACGCAUGUUCCAAGUGGCUUUGGACAAUCGACAGGAAGGUGUGGUCUUGAAAAAACAAAAUGCCAUAUAUCGGCCGGGAUGCAGGAAUGGAGGGGGCUGGUUUAAGGUGAAGGCGGAUUACAUUGAUGGCUUGACCACAGAGUUUGAUCUUCUGGUUAUUGGUGGCUUCUAUAAUAGAGCACGUACUUUUGUUGAAUCAUUUCUCUUGGGUGUUCUAAAAUAUGCCUCCUCAGAAAGUUAUGAAGUCUAUUCGGUGGGCAAGGUAAGCAAUGUCACCCAACAACGUGUUGUCUUAAACAAUACCUUGAAAAGCCACUGGCAUUUACUGUCCGAAGAACAACCUCCCAUGUGGUAUCACUAUCGACCAAAGAGUGCCGAGGGUCGUCCUGAUGUUUGGAUUGAGCCCCGAAAUUCUGUGGUGCUACAAAUCAAAGCCACCGAUUUAAAUCCCUCGGGAGCAUUUUAUUUGAAUUUGGCUUUGCAUUUUCCUCGCAUACAAGCAUGGCGCAAUGAUAAAUCCUGGACUGAAUGUCUCACACUGGAGGAAUAUAAUCAGCUAAAACAAAAUGCCAGAGGUGGUAUUAAGAAGAUUGUCAAGAGGCAAAUUAGUUUAGAGGACUUCAUAGGGGAUCGUGUGAAACGUAGAAAACUAACGCCAGCUGAAAAGCGUAAAAUGGGUCUGCAGUCCUAUGAGAAGCGUUUUGAUCCACAAAGUGUGGAUAAAAUCUCUGACUUACUUAAGGGCUUUAGUGUGUGUAUUCUAAGUGCUGCCUUGAGUCGGGGCUUUACCCCCGAAUAUCUAAAAACUUUAGUGGUCCAAAAUGGUGGCACCAUUGUGGAAAAUCCUUUGCCCAAUAAGUCCAGUUGUAUUGUGGUGGCAGGCGAUCUCAACUAUCGUGUACAAACUCUAUCCAAGGCCCAGAAGUAUGACAUUGUCAGCAUGGACUGGUUAAUACGUUCCUGUCGCAAACAAACCAUUGCCAUCAAACCUCUUGACAUGGUCUCCACCACCCAAGAGGUGAAGGAACAGUUUGCCAUAUGUUUUGAUAAAUACGGUGAUAGUUUUAAGGAUUUUGUAAGUUCCCGCGAAUUAAAGCGCAUCUGUGAUGCCAUGUGUAUGGAUGAAGUACCUGAAUUAGAUGAUAAGGAUUUACAUGAACUGGAGGAGCUGAUUUAUCCUGUCAAAAAUCUGAAUUUCUAUCGCAAUACAUGGUCUAAUUUUUAUACCAUUGAACCAGAUUCUGCUCGAGCCCAAUUGCAUUAUCAAUGGCAUGGUGGUAAUGUGGUUGAUGAUCGUAGUUUGGAUAGCGAAAGCGGAGUUAAUAAUUUAUCAAAAAUAUCCUAUGUGUUUAUAAAUCUACAACAGUUUGAUAAAACUGACUUCCUGCAAUGGUUAAGGGAGCGUUUCACCUCAUCUCUCUUAUCCAAUUUACAAAUUGUUAACAUUAAUUGGAUUCUAGAAUCGCACAAGGCAAGAAUGUUGCUGGAUAUCAAGGAGUUCACAUGGCAUGAUUUUGAUUAGAUUUAGUUUUUUAUACAAUUGUAAAAUAUUCUGUUAGAUAAGAGUACUGGUGACUUAUUUUUGUAUUUCCUUUUUGGAAGAUGUAUUUUUAAUGUACUCAAACUCCAUUUCUGGUUGUUUGGGUAAGAUGUUUUUUAAUUUAAACAAAAUAUUAAUAUGUUCUUAAUAUACAGAUAUAAUUUUUGCUGCAU